CAUAUGGCGUGAAUUGGAUAAGCUCUAACCUAGUUUUGUCCACUUCAGCUCAUGCCUUUUGUCAAAAACAGUCUUCUCUGGCCAUCUCAUAGCCUUGUCAAAUUUUCCAACGCCUCAUUCACAGCUUGAGAGGUUCUGGUCAAUGUGUUCCUCUUCACAACCGGCGUCUGGGUUAAAUGGCUGCCAGAGAUCAUUUUCACAUUUUUCCACACAUAACUUCCCCGACUGUUUAUAUUUUUUCCACAAACCGCCUUCCCAUUUUCAACUUGAGUUUCUUCAUGCACACAUUUCGGGAUGGUUGUUUGGAGAACAAUUAACCAGAAGACAUGGUUGAUGUGUAAAUGCGCUAUAUAUUAGAAAAGGUGGAGGCAACAUACUUUUUAUUUUCUUCGAAUCAUACUUUUUAACUUUUUGCGAUAAUAUGCUGGAUGCACCUGCCUUUGAGACCUCCAGUUUUUGAACACCACACUGUUCUUACCUACUGGCCCUCCACCCCACGCAUACGAAGAAAGAGAACCACAGUUAUGUUCCCUCUCCGUGCAACCCUCUUGGCCGUAUUGGUCAGCGUAGCCCUGUGCUAUUAUGACGACUAUGACUACCGGCCUGCUAACAUGCUCGGACCCUCGGGGCCCAACUGUGAUCAAGAAUGCGACUGCCCUAUCAACUUCCCCACCGCCAUGUAUUGUGACAGCCGCAGGCUCAAGGUUAUUCCCAUGGUCCCAAGCGGGAUCAAGUACCUGUACCUCCAGAACAACAAGAUAGAAGAGAUCCAAGCUGGGGUAUUUGAUAAUGUUACUGAAGGACUUCGCUGGCUGGUACUUGACAACAACCAGAUUACCAAUGCUAAGAUAGCAAAGGGCUCAAUCGACAAGCUCACAGGCCUGGAGAAGCUAUUCUUCAGCUACAACAACCUGACAGAGCCAAUCAUCCCUCCCUCAAAGGCCCUCAAUGAGCUGAAGAUGAUGCACAACAAGUUAUCCAAGUUCCCCGCUGGACUCUUGGCUGACAAGGAGAACUUGACUUCCAUUCACCUUCAGCAUAAUCAACUAAGUACCGAGAGCAUCGGGGGAGCAUUCAAAGGGUCAAAGAAGCUGCUGUCCCUGGAUGUGAGCCACAACAAGCUGAAGAAGCUGCCAGCUGGAGUCCCAAGUUCACUGGAAAUCCUCUACGCUGACUACAACGACAUUGACGUUGUUGGUGCCGGAUACCUGAACAAGCUGUCCUCGCUGCAGUACCUGAGAAUCUCCCACAACAAGCUGGUGGACUCUGGACUUCCUGCUGGAGUGUUCAAUGUGACAUCGCUGGUGGAGCUGGACCUGUCCUUCAACAAACUGCAGUCCAUCCCCGAGAUCAACGAGCAAUUGCAGCAACUCUAUCUCCAGGCCAACGACAUCAACAAGUUUGAACUGACAAGUUUCUGCAAGCUCAUCACACCCGUCAACUAUUCCCGCCUGAAUCAUCUGCGUCUGGACGGCAACCAAAUCACACAUCGCAGCAUGCCCCCUGAGUACUCCACCUGCCUGCGCCAAGCUGCAGAUAUCAUAUUUGACUAAGGAACUCCCUCAAAUCAAUAACCUUACCAUAACCUGCUUCUCCACUACCAUUACACGGCUCAGCCCAAAGCCUUCUGGGUUUGAAUGGUGUAAUAUCCCUUCUGUCUUAGUACUCAGAUGUCCUUGCAUAUAAGUAGUAUGCAAAUCUUAGGUACUUUGAUGGCAUCUUUAUUAAUAAAAUAUAUAUCUUGAAUGAAUCAAGAGCUGGGCAAAUUUGAGAUUCAAUAGAUGAAAGGACAAGCUGCAACAUAUUUCGCUAAACAUUCAGCAGUCAGAUUGUUGAAUUCAUCAGGCGUCAAAACAAGUGUUGUUUUUUUAUAUUUGACUCUAGGCAAAAUAGAGAGGGAAGAAAUAUAGAAAAUAUAGAAAGGACCAAAAGUUCUGUAAAUAGAAAUGUAUUCACUUGCUUUGAUUGAAAACACACACUUUAAAUAUUCCAAACUUGUAUUUGAUGAUAUUGAAGAUGGACACAAUGGAGUAAACAAUAACUCCAAUGUCCCCAUUCAGUUGUCAAUUGUCAUUUUGUUGUCGGUCUUGUAUCUUCCAAUGUUUAGCAUGUAUAAUAAAAGGUGGGUACAAUAAUGAAUCCAUUGCUGUGCAAAGGACCAGCAAAUAGGGACCGCGUACUUAGAUUUCAGUGUAUAAUGCCUAAUGUAAGAAAUGAUGAAUAAAUGUAAAAACGAUUACAUUAAUAAAAGUCUUGAAUGAAUCGGAGUGCUUUUUAGUAAAAUACCAGUGUUAUUUACUUGUGUCCGCCUUGAUGCAAAUACCAUGAUGUUCCACUGACUGAUGCCUUUGAACUACAAAGUAAAAAAUGUAUCCACAUACCCAACUGGGAAAUGUAAAUUUCUUAUUGGAAAUAACUUCUUUAAUUCCAAUCGAGGGAGGACCAAACUGUUCCUCAGGUACUUGGUGUCAAAGAGUUUAAUCAAUGACACUUGAUUAAAAGAAGUUGCUAGUAUGCUUGAAACUGCUUUUUUCUGCUCAGCUAAACCUUGAGAUGAUAUUUCCAAGAAAUUACGAGUCAACUGUUUUUUUCGUUACCUUAUCUAAUUCCUAGCUGUCAACUUUAAUGUGCAUUUGUAUACAUUUGCAUUGUUUGCAUGCAACCAAUGGUACCAUUCUUUCAUAAUAAACUACAGCUUUUGCAGUUGCUAUGUUGUCAUUGUUACGUUGUUGUUCACUAUGUAUGAUAUAUGCUUCUUGCCCAUACAAAAUAAAGUUUGGCAGCCGUGUCAUGUUGGUUGAAGUAA